AUGAGUAUCUAUAAAAAUGUCAAAUGUGUUGUAGUUGGAGACGGUGCAGUAGGUAAAACUUGUUUACUUAUGUCAUAUACAACAAAUGCAUUUCCGGGUGAAUACAUCCCAACGGUAUUCGAUAAUUAUUCAGCAAAUAUUGUUGUCGAUAAUGAACCAGUAAAUCUUGGUUUAUGGGAUACGGCCGGUCAAGAAGAUUACGAUCGUCUUCGUCCAUUGUCGUAUCCCCAAACGGAUGUGUUUGUUAUUUGUUAUAGUGUUGUUAAUCCUGUUUCAUUUGAAAAUGUUCGUGCGAAAUGGUCCCCAGAAAUCAAACACAACAAUCCCGACACACCGAUUGUUCUUGUUGGGACAAAAAUCGAUUUACUCAACGACAAACAAACGAUUAAAACACUCUUAAAUAGGAAACUAUCGCCCAUAACCACUCAAAAAGGUGCGUCAAUGGCAGCGGAGAUCGGUGCAGUUGCCUACGUGGAAUGUUCAGCAUUAACGCAAAUCAAUCUGUCGCGUGUUUUCGAUAUUGCUAUACGCGCUGGUCUUGGAAGAUAUCCGAAGAUUAAACAGCGAAAAGGACCGAAAUGUACUUUAUCAUAA